GGUGGGUGCCAUCCCCUUCCCUAAGUAAUCCAUGUGCCUUCAGCACACACAGUUGGGCUUGUCCCAUGCCACCUGGAAAGAAUAAAUCAGAAGAGCCUGUGUUUGGGUUUGGGAUUAACUGGGUUUCCUGUAAAUAGUCAGCAGAGGUCACUGCCUGCUGGGAGCGACUAAACAAGGCCCAGCUUGCUGUGGUUUAGACAACCAAAUCUGUUCCGCUGUGUUUUGGCUCAGGCAGGCUUUGGGAAGGUAAUAUUUCCCUCUGGGGCUGAGGAUGUGAGGUGGAGCUGCAAGAAACACAAUGCAGGGUAAAAAGGGCACUGCUGGAUUUGUGUUGGCAAUUGAAGCUUUAAAGUGCAAAAAGAGCAAAUGGUUGUGGGUUCUGCCAACACUCUUGUUGGAAAACAGGGAGAGUUGUGUGCAGCAUCAAUGAGCUGAGCCCAGUGUGCUGCUGAGCUGAGUGAGGAAACCCCAUAGGCACUGCUGGCCUUAAAGCUUUCAGGUAAGAACUGCAGUGCCCGGAGGGAUGCCAUCAUCUUGAGGACACCCAUGGGCAUUGUGCAGGGACCAGCACUGGAUGCCUUCACCUCCAGAUCAUCUCAACUGGCAGCUCUGCACACAGCAAACAAUUUCAACAUCUGCUUGGGUUGCGUUCAAUUCUCUAGCGUUUUUGUUUCGUGGGUUGGGUAAACAUCUUCUUUCUUGCUAGGAGCAGUUAAUCAUUGAUAGGAGAACUGGCAAGGGUCUGGUCCCUGUAGAGCAUGUGGUUUGCUGUGUGCAGCCAUUUCUGAGCGUGUGGGUGGAUCGGAACCCCUCCUUCAGCACAGCAGGGCUGUGUCAGUGCCAUUGGAUGCACCCAUCACUGCCUGCAGAGCCCAGUCUGGUGCCAUCCCCUGCAGAGCCCAGGUUAUUUGGCCUAGAAAAAGCAUGCUGUGACAUCUGCAACGUGGUCAGGAUGAGGAUGGUGACAGCUCUGGGGUCAAUGAAACCAAGGAGCUGUGCUGUUGUCCUGGUGCUGCUCCUCACUGCUGUCCUGGUGGUGGGCAUCCAGGGUGCCUGCGAUGCUCCACCACGGUUCUCAUUUGCAGAGCUGAAAGAAGACUACCUGUACAACAGGACAUAUUCCACCUUUGAUGUGGUGGAAUACCGCUGUCGGCCGGGCUACAUGAGAAAUUUCAGGGCCAGGAACACUUACGUUUGUGAAAGAAACAGGUGGAAAGGAUCAAACAACUUCUGCUUACCAAAGCCCUGCAGUUACCCUGGAGAGCCGAUCAAUGGUCGGCUUGUGGAAGCACAGCAAUUCACCUUUGGGUCCAUAGCAAACUACAGCUGUGACACUGGGUAUAGACUGGUUGGAAAUUCCCAUAUAAGAUGUGUGAUUAAAGAUGGGGAUGUUGCUUGGGAUGGAAACAUUCCCAUCUGUGAUCCGAUUCCAUGUUUACCCCCUCCAAAAAUAGCUAAUGGAGAGCACAACGGAGGUACCGUCGAGCUCUUCACUUAUGGAGCUUCUGUCACCUACCGCUGCCACACUAACAGCAGGGGGAAGAAGCAGUUCUCCCUGGUGGGGGAUGCCUCUAUUUUCUGUACAACCAAUGACAAUGUGAAUGGUGUGUGGAACAAGCCAGCCCCGGAGUGCAAAGUGGUGAGCUGCAGGGAGCCCCAGGUGGAGCACGGCCGGCUGCAGAGCGGGUACAAGGCUGAAUACACCUACAGUGAUGCCGUUGUCUUCGACUGUGAAUUCCGCUACUCGCUGCUGGGCAGCGACACAGCCAUGUGCCAGGAGGAUGGUAGCUGGGACCCACCGCUACCGCAAUGCCAACGCAGCAGCUGUGAUGACCCUCCUGAUGUGCAGAAUGCUGUUAAAGCAAGACUAGCGGGCAAUUUAUUUCCUAUUGAGACUGUCAUCACUUAUGAAUGCAAGUCAGGCUAUGAGUUCAGCCCUGGAGUAGUGAUGCAACACAUCAGUUGUCUUCCAGACUAUACAUGGACUGAAAUUCCACCUCCCUGUCAAAGAGUUAGUUGCCCAAAUCCAGCUACCAAGAAGGGAAUGCGCAUAAGCGCCUGGGAUGAAAAAGAUGCGUAUGUGUUUGGAGACAGAGUCCGAAUUACUUGUGACCCUGGCUAUGUUUUCAAGGAUCGUGAUGAUUAUGUCAUACUUCAGUGUACAAACAAUGGCACGUGGAACCGGGCAGCACCAGAGUGUAUUCCAGUACCUCAUUGCACAAAGCCUGUCAUUGCCCAUGGAAGAGAGGUUUAUACAAGCAAAAAUGAUUACACAGUUGGGACUCAAGUGAGGAUAGAGUGUGAUGAAGGCUACAUGCUCAGUAUCCAAGAGUCAGUCACGUGCCAGGAUGAUGGGAACUGGUUUCCCACAUUACCCUACUGUCAGAAAGUCUGCGGCCCCCCUCCACAAAGCACCCAUGGUCUGAAGGUCGAUCAAACAUCAUCAUUUUUCCCCUAUGGCUACAGAGCAAAAUAUAGUUGUGCUGCUGGGCUGUCCCUCAUUGGGGAUGAAUUCAUCUACUGCACCUCUGAGGAUGGAGUGAACCUGGAAUGGAGCGGCCCUGCCCCAGAGUGCAGGGAGGUUCACUGCCCCCUGCCCGUGGUUGAGAAUGGAGAGAUGGUUACACCGCAGCACACAUUCCCCUAUGGGACCACAGUGAGCUUCUACUGCAAGGAGGGCUUCACACUGCAGGGCAAUGCUGAGAUCAGCUGCAUGGCUGAUGGGACCUGGCAUCCAGCCCUGCCUGAAUGCCAGCCAGUUAAGUGUCUUGCGCCAAGGAACAAGGAGAACCUACAGGUUUUCUCUGACAAGGAGGAGUACAUGUUUAAUGAAUCUCUGUACUUCUCCUGCAAGCAGAGCAGCAAUCCAUCAGAGAUGCUGAUAACCACCUGCUCUACUGGAGGCUCUUGGAUGCCACCUCCCAACUGUAGAACACAUCAUGCGUGCAAGAAGAUCCGUCAAAUCCAGGAAACCUUUGAGUGUGGGGUUCCUCUGUCAGAACUGAGAACUCUGCUGGAAGUACAGAAACUCUACCUGGAGAUCCAGAAGCUGGAGAAGGAGCUGGGAGCAAGAGGGGGCCGCUCGUGGCUAAACAAGGCCAGCAUGAUGCAGAGCAGCUCUGGCUACAUCCCAGCUUUGCUCCCCACCAUCCCCAUGCAGUGCAGGAAUCUGUGCAGUCCUUUUGCACGGCUGCUGCUCACCAUGCGGGUGCUCCUGGGCUGGAUGGGGCCAUUGCUGGCACUGCUGGUGCUGCAGCCAGCGGGGAGCCUGGAGGUGCAGUGCCCGGUCCCGACCAUCCCUAAUGGGCGGCUGAAUCCUGCACAGAAGGAACUCAGUGCUGGGAGCUCAGCUGUGCUUGAAUGCGAUGCUGGCUACGUCCCCAUGGGCAGCAGCACUGUGAAAUGUCUGAGCAGUGGCAGACUGCAGCCACGGGCACCAGCAUGCACCCGAGGUCGCUGUCCUCCCCCUCCCAUUGUGGACCACGCUGACCGCAGACCUUCCUAUGAGCUCCUGGUGGGUUCCACCAUCACCUACUUCUGCAGACAUGGAUACACGUUGAUCCCCGGCGUAUCUCCAACAACAACGUGCCUCAAAAACUUCACCUGGUCCGCGAUCCCAACGCUUUGCCAGAUUGUGCUGUGCCCGAGCCCGGCCAUCAUCAACGGGAAGGAGAUGAGUGUGAAGCAAGAGAAAUACAGCGUUGGGCAGCAGGUGGAGUUCAUGUGCAACCCAGGCUAUAGGAUGUGGGGCAGCCAGAGGACUCAAUGCUGGUCGGAUGGGACGUGGAAACCCCCAGUGCCGUACUGCGAUAAGGUCUGUAGCCCCCCUCCAGUGAUCGCCAAUGGGCAGCACACCGGCUUGAGAACAGAAGUGUUUCCCUAUGGCACGGAGGUGAAGUACAGCUGUGCCACUGGGCUGUCCCUUAUUGGGGCUGAGUCCAUCUACUGCACCUCUGAGGAUGGGGGGAAUCUGACAUGGAGCGGCCCUGCCCCGGAGUGUAGGGUGGUUCGCUGCCCCAGGCCUGUGGUUACCCAUGGGAGGAUGGAUGUAUCAUGGCACACGUUUUCCUAUGGGACAUCAGUGCGUUUCUCCUGCAAUGAGGGCUUUGUGCUUCAUGGCAAUGCUGAGAGCCGCUGUGUGGCUGAUGGUACAUGGCAGCCAGCCCUGCCUGAAUGCCAGCCAGUUCAAUGUCCCAAACCACGAGUUGCCAAUGGGAAGCUGACAAGCACUGAUCAGAUGUGGUACCCAAUAAACACAACAGUCACAUUUGAGUGCCAUGAGGGAUACCAAUACUUCUCAGGUGAUGGAGAAGCUGCAUUAAAGGACUCUUGGACAGCCACGUGUUUGGCUGAUGGCAACUGGACACCAUUGCCCAAGUGUAAGAAGGAAGGUGAUGCUGACAUGUGCGGAGAGGUCGCUUAUGUCCAAGGUAUCGUCUCUGAUUGCCACGUGCCUACGGAGGAUGUGAAAACUCUGCUGGAAAUACAAAAACUCUUCCUGGAAAUUCAGAAACUGAAGGUGGAAUUGCAAGGACUGAGCAAGGAGCACGUUCUGCACUGCAUCCCCUCCCAGCUUCCCAAAACAGCAGCUGGGAGCCAGCAGCUCUGCAGAACAGCACAGGGAUUGAUUGCUGUGAUGACAGGGAUUGCUGUGAUGGGGUCUGGAGGAGGAUUGAAGUGCCUGGACACCCCAAGCUGUGGGAUUCAUGCUGCAGUGCAAGGAUCCAUCCAUCCCGUAUUGCUCCUGGCUCUGCUGGGGCUCCUUGGCGUGCCAAUGGCUCACGGUGCCUGUGGUCCCCCCCCUCUCAUGCCCCACUCCCAACCCUCCGACAUCGAGCAGCUCAGCAGUUUCCCUGUGGGCUCCAGGGUGACCUACCUGUGUGUGCACGGUGCUGUCAGGAUCCCUGGGGUGCUGGACACGGUGCAGUGCCUGCCUGGCUCUCAGUGGUCGGAGCUGCGUGAUCCCUGUGGCUUGAGCUGCACCACCCCGACCACGCUGCACUUUGCUGCCCUGUCUGAGGUGGACGAGAUGAUCAAUUUCUACCCUGUUGGGUUCACUGUGAGCUACAGCUGCCGCCCUGGAUAUGAGAACAUCACAGAGAACCAACCCAGCAGCACCUGCCUUGAGAACCUGAUGUGGUCGGAGGUCCCGGAGUUAUGCCAGAGGAAAUCCUGUGGUCCUCCCAUGGCCCCACCUGCAGGGAGGACCCUCCAACCCACAGACUUUCUGUUUGGCACACGUGUGAGCGUGCUCUGCAAUGAGGGGUACCAGCUCCAUGGGAGGAACUUCAUCCAGUGCUGGCUUAAAGGAGAUGAUGUCGAGUGGAGUAAACUUCCAACCUGUGAAUUAAUCACCUGCUCUUCACCCCCUCGGAUCAGCAAUGGGAAGCACGAUGGUGAAGGUGUGGAAAAGUUUGCUUACAACUCAACAGUGUCCUACAGCUGUGAUUCUGGCUUCCAACUCAUUGGGAACGUGAGCAUCCGUUGUACGAGAGCAGGCAAUGCUGGAGGGGGAUGGAGUGGAGCAGUGCCCCAAUGUAAAGAAAUAAGCCCACCUGUCAAACUCAGAGUAAAACCCAUGGAGAGGAGUCCUCCUCCCCAGAGUCCCCAGAGAAGUGGCCUCAAACCACUCAAGAAGAUUUCCAGAAUGGAAAUGAAAAUCAACCUCUAUAAGAAAUCACUCCAAAACACCAACUCCUUCUCUUCUUCAUCCUCCACAAAGCCAGCAGGGAACUGUGCUACCUCAGCUCUCAAAUCUGUGCUGCCUUUGUACAAACCCCAACGUUCCUUCUCUCCUGGAAGCCACCAACCAUCUCCAUGUUCUCCCAAGUUCCGCAGCAUCUCUGCUGUUCUCCCCAAUGUUGGCUGCUCUGAAAGCAUUUGGUGGUCUAAAGCUGCAGCAUUUUGUGGAAGGCGAUCGUGGGCAGCCAGGAGAAGCUGGAUGUGGCAGAAGUGCUGCUAUCACCGCUUUCCCAUCCGCUGCAAAGGGCUCUUUUACCUGGGGGAGGAUGAAGACAGACCCCUCUGCCCCGAGCCAGGGGGCGGCUCCUCUCCCUUCGUAAUACGGGCCGGGAGGGGCCGGAUCCAGGCGGGGCUGGGGCUGGAGGAGUUCCCCAUAUGCCCGUGGGCUGCGAUGGGCUCCGUGCCGUACCGCUCGCUGCUGUCUCUGCUGCUGUCCCCGCUGUCUGUGCUGCCCGCAGUGUGCGGUGACUGUGGGCCACUGCCCAACCUCAACAGGGCAGAGCCCCCUGAGGACGACAGGCACAAGGACAGCUUCCCUGUGGGCUACCAAGUGACCUAUAGAUGCCUCCAGAAUUACUCGAAGAUCCCAUCGCGGUCGGAUACAAUCGUGUGCUUUAAUAACUCCCGAUGGUCCAGACUGCAGGAGUUUUGUGACCGCAGCUGCCAGAGCCCUCCCCAAGUGCCCUUUGCCAAACUAUCAGAAGAAGAUGAAAUGAAGAACUUUUACGCUGUUGGGAUCACAGUGCGCUAUGACUGCAGGCCAGGCUAUGAGAACAGCACUGCUGUGCCCCCCAGCAGCACCUGCAGAGAGAAUUCAACAUGGUCAGAAGUCCCUGAGCUGUGUCACAGUGACUGCCCAGAACCACCGAGGUUCUCUUUUGCGGAGCCCCCUGACCCCACCAACUCUUCGUACCCUGUUGGAAGCAGGCUGUUGUACCGCUGCCGCCCGGGGUACAUGAGAGAUGUGAAUAAGUCCAACCGUGUUACCUGCCUGCCUAACUCCACCUGGGCUUCACAACCUGAUUUCUGCAUUGGAAAGUUAUGUAUGCCACCCGAAAUAACAAAUGGUGACUUCCAUGUCAGCACUGACCUCCGGUUUGGAGCCACAAUAAACUUCACCUGCAAGGCUGGGUACCGCUUAGUUGGGAGCCCGACAGCACAAUGUGUUCUGAGUGGCAGUGAUGUUGUUUGGGAUAAGGUUCCACACUGCGAGAUGAUUCCCUGUUCACCACCUCCUGUGAUUGAGAACGGACAUCACAGCGAUGCACACACAGACUACACCUAUGGGAUCGCUGUAACUUACAGCUGCAAAGAAGGGUUUUCUCUCAUUGGGAACGCCACCAUUCACUGUACAACACACGAUAACCUCAAUGGGAUAUGGAGCAGUCCAGCCCCAGAAUGCAAAGUGGUGAGAUGUGAAAAGCCAGAAGUGGAAAAUGGGAAGAAUCUCAAUAGCUUUGCCACCGAGUACACGUAUGGAGAAAAAGUGAGCUUUGAGUGUGUUCCUGGGCAUGCUUUGAAUGGCUCUCAGACAGUUACCUGUGAUGCAGACAGUGCCUGGAAGCCAGCUCUGCCAACGUGUGACCCACGAUACUGCGGCCCUCCUCCUAACAUCCCUUCUGCUGAGUUAAUGGGGGCUGUGAACAGCAGCUCCUUGGCUGGAACAAAGCUGACAUACCAGUGUCAGCCAGGUUUCACCACGGAGAAUGGGAGGACUUUGGAAGUCACCUGUCUGCUCGACACAACCUGGUCUGCAGGCUCUGCACUGUGCACACGUCAGCAAUGCGCUGUUCCCACAGUACAGAAUGGGAUGGUGAAUGGGGACAGCUUUCUAUUUGGGAUGACUGUGACCUUCUCAUGCAAGAGUGGGUACAAAUUAAAGGGAUCAUCUUCUGCCAAAUGCGUGGCAAUGGGAAAUGGAGUUGAAUGGGACGUGGAUCUCCCAUCCUGUGAAAGACAGCGCUCUGAUGUUCUCUGUGAUCGACCCCCCAGCAUUGGCAAUGGGGUGCACAAUGGCACAGGGGGCACAGUGUUCCUCCAGGGCUCCGUUGUGGUUUAUUCCUGCAAUCAUGGUUUCAUCCUGGCUGGAAGCAGCUCCAUUCAGUGCCUUGCAAAGACCCAGGACCAUGGAGUCUGGAGCACACCCACUCCUGAGUGCAGAGGUGGAGCAAGCAGCAUCAUUGCUGGGAUGCUCUGGCCCAUCCGGCUGAAAGCCCCUCGUGCCUUCCCUGUCACAGAUACCCCAUGUCACACAGCAGCUCCCAAGGGCCCAUCCUCCAUUACAUGGAAGGACCAGAAAACCAACAGCAGAAGCUCAAUGGGGCUGCACAGCUCAGGCUGGUGUCCGCCUCCACCCUGUGCUGGAGCCCACAGGUUCCUGUCCUCCAGCCCUGGGAAGCCCCACAGCUGUGAUCCUUCCUCAAGCAUGGGGAACCAGGACCCCUAUAUCUGCAUUGGAGCCUCUGGGGUCUGCAGGCUGCACCAGGAUCAGAGCAUGGUGCUCACCUUCACCCUCAGCAUCCUGGGCUGCUCCGCUCUGCUCCUGCCUGCUGUGAGUGGGCAACAAGUCAGGCAGCGCCGAUGCCCAGUGCCACACAUUGAGAAUGGGAGGAGAGCUCCUUCUCGCUACAUCUUUCGGCCUGGGGACAGAGUAAGAUUCACCUGCAACACAGGCUACACCUUGCAAGGCUCCCCCACGAGUGUCUGCCAAUCUGACUUCAGCUGGAGCCCACCUUUGCCAGCAUGCAAAAAGGAGGUGAUGUGUCUGCAGCCCCCGAAUAUCGCCAAUGGGCUGCACAGUGGCCAAUCCAUGGAUAAAUUUCCCCCGGGAGCAAUUGUGUCCUACAGCUGCAAGGAUGGCUUCGAGCUGCUGGGCAACGUCUCCAUCAACUGCUCAGCAGUCGGGCGCUGGAGCCGACCCCUGCCCCGUUGCAAAGCCAUCGGCUGCCAGAGUCCCACAGUGCACAAUGGGAAGGUGCAGGUGCCAAAGGACACCUAUGAGGCUGGGGAGAUGCUGUGGUUUAACUGCAAUCCUGGCUAUGCUGCAGAGGGCAGCCAUUGGGCUCAGUGCAAGCCUGGGGGGAGCUGGGACCCACCAGUGCUCAGCUGUGAGCGCAUCCAGCCAUGCCCCAUGCCUCCGAAGAUCAGCAAUGGAGAUCACAAUGGCCACGGCAAAGCAGAGUUCACCAUGGGGAUGUAUGUGAUGUACACUUGCAAUCUCGGUUACUACCUGGCUGGGGAUGUGGAUCGUGUGUUUUGCAAAGCAUCAGGGAAAUGGAGCCAGCCCAGCCCACGCUGUGAAGAAGUGACGUGUCCUCAGCCCCCAAACAUCGCCAAUGGGCUGCACAGUGGCCGCUCCUCUGCCAGGUUCCCACAUGGCACCACUGUAUCCUACAGCUGCAAGGAUGGCUUUGAGCUGGUGGGGAACGUCUCCAUCAACUGCUCAGCAGUCGGGCGCUGGAGCCGACCCCUGCCCCGCUGCCAAGCCAUUGGCUGCCAGAGACCCACAGUGCGCAAUGGGAAGGUGCAGGUGCCAAAGGACACCUACGAGGCUGGGGAGACGCUGUGGUUUGACUGCAACCCUGGCUAUGCUGCAGAGGGCAGCCAUAGGGCUCAGUGCAAACCUGGGGGGAGCUGGGACCCACCAGUGCUCAGCUGUGAGCAGGUCCGGCCCUGCCCCAUGCCUCCAAAGAUCAGCAAUGGAGAUCACAACCGGCACGGUGAAGCCUUUUUCACCACGGGAAUGUCUGUGACAUACACCUGUGAUCCCACCUUCUACCUGGUUGGGAACGCACACGUGGUUUGUAGAGCAUCAGGGACCUGGAGCCAGCCCAGCCCACGCUGUGAAGCAACCAUUUGCUUGAAGCCAGACAUACAGGAUGGGUGGAUAGUUGAUGAUCAUGGACUCAUCUAUGCACCAGGGCAAACAGUGACGUUUCAGUGCAAGGAAGGCUACAGUCUGCAUGGUAGUGCCCAAUCUCUGUGCCAGAAGGAUGGUGGAUGGGACCCCCCAGUGCCCCUAUGUGAUCUACUCCAUGGCCCUAUGCUGCCCAGUAGGGCUGAGCACUCAGGUGGCUGUGGGCUUCCCACCAGGCUGAACUUUGCUGAGCUCAAUGAGGAGCACAGAAAUGAGAUUGAUUUCUCUGUUGGGAAGACUGUAGGAUACACUUGUCGGCCCGGAUUUGUUAAGCACCCAGGAAUGUCACCCACUAUUACUUGCCUGCAGAGCGGAGUGUGGUCAGAAGCACUCGAGUUCUGUAAAAGGAGACAAUGCAGUCACCCCGGGGAACCUGAGAACGGCCGGAUUACGGUCCUGGCAGAUCUCUUCUUUGGGUCAACAGUGGUCUACAGCUGUGAGGAAGGGCACAGGCUGAUCGGGCAGCCCAGCCGGAGAUGUGAGAUCUCAGGGAACCGUGUUGCAUGGACCGGUGACAUUCCCACCUGCCAACGUAUCCCUUGUGAGCCCCCCCCGAGCAUCCCCCAUGGGAAGCACACAGGGCGGCUGCUGGAUGAGUUCCACUAUGGCAUCUCGGUCACCUACAGCUGCGAGCCCGGCUACCCACUGCAUGGGGAUGCCUCCAUCUUCUGCACCACCCAGGAUGGGAAAAACGGGGUGUGGAGUGGGCCCCCCCCAGUGUGUGGAGAAGCUGGAUGCUCUGCCCCGCAGAUCCAGAAUGGGAGGAUAGUGUCAGCUCCUCGGAGCACCUACACACACAACGACACUGUCACCUUCGAGUGCGAGCCAGGCUACAUCAUCCAUGGCCCCAGAGUAGUGCAGUGCCAACAGAACAACACCUGGCAGCCCCCGGUGCCCAUCUGCGAGCAGGCUGGAUGCAGGACACCCCCAAGGUUGGAGUUUGCUGAGCUGAAGGAACCCUAUAGGAACCAGACUGCCUUCCCUGUGGGUGCAACUGUGGAGUACAGGUGCCAGCCUGGCUAUGCCUGGCACGUGGGGAUGUCACCAACCAUCACGUGCCUUGGGAAUCAGAGCUGGUCUGUGGCUCUGGAGUUCUGCAAAAGGAUGCAAUGUGUGAACCCUGAGGACCCACAGAAUGGCAGAGCCAUAGUCCUGACCGACCUCCUCCUUGGGUCCAAAGUGAAUUACACGUGUAACAAGGGGUACAAGCUGAUCGGGCAUUUACAGAGGACAUGCGAGGUGUCUGGCACACGUGUUGCAUGGAGCGGGGAUGCACCCACCUGCCAUCGUAUCAUCUGUGAUCCACCCCCGGACAUCCCUCAUGGGACACACAGUGGGAGAUUGAUGGAUACCUUCCCCUAUGCCACUCCAGUCACCUACACGUGUGAGCCAGGCCGUGUUUUGGUUGGGACAGCCUCCAUCUUCUGUACCACGGAGGAUGGGGAGAGCGGUGCCUGGAGUGGGCCACCGCCGAGCUGUGGAGAGGUGCAGUGUCCUCCCCCUCCAAGCAUUGCCAAUGGGAAGCACAACAGCCAGCCCUCGGACACGUUCCUUCCCGGUGCAGCUGUUCAGUACACCUGUAAGGAUGGCUAUUUGCUCACUGGGAAUGCAUCCAUCACCUGCACUGCUGCAGGAACAUGGAGCCGGCCCCGGCCGCGUUGUGAAGCAAUAGGCUGCAAAAGACCCGAUAUUGAGAAUGGAAGAGUGACUGGGCCAGAGUCCAUCUAUAUGCCUGAGGACGUCGCUGUCUUUGAAUGUGAUUUUGGUUAUGCCUUAAAGGGCUCUCAGAAGUCUCAGUGCCAGUUUGAGGGAACCUGGGAUCCUCCUGUCCCCACCUGUGAAAAGAUGCUGAGGUGUCCUUCCCCUCCAAAUAUCACACACGGUCAGUACAGCAGAGAGGAUGUGAAAGUGUUUGUCCCUGGAACCUCUGUGAGGUACAGCUGUGACCCGGGGUAUGUCCUCACUGGGAAAACAACAGUGACUUGUUUGACAUCUGGAGUGUGGAGCAUCCCUUACCCGCGGUGCGAAGUGGUCACUUGCAUGAGCCCUAGCAUUAAGCAUGGAGAAGUGGCUAAAGAACAGCAGCAAGCUGUCUACCACCCCGGGACCAUCAUCACCAUCCAGUGCCACCCGGGCUAUGUGCUGCGGGGCAGGCAGGGGUACAAGUGCCACUCUGAUGGCCGCUGGGUCCCCUCUGUCCCCAGUUGCGAGCCAGCGCUGCCUUGCCCUCCACCACCCACCCUUGCCCAUGGCAUACACGAUGCUGAGCUUGGGGCCAACUUCACCAGUGGAAUGUCUGUGAACUAUAGCUGUCAGACCGGCUUCUCCCUGAUUGGGGACCCCUCUGUCCAGUGCAUGGAAGGGAACUGGAGCCUCCCGUACCCACACUGUGCAGUUGGAUGUGGGACUCCAACAAGGUUACAGUUUGCUGAGCUAAACAAGGAGUAUAAGAAUUGGACUGAGUUUCCAGUUGGGACCACAGUGAGAUACACCUGCCUGCCAGGAUAUGCCAGACAUUCACAGAUACCACCCACUAUUAAGUGCCUUGAAAAUCAGACGUGGUCCGAAGCCAAGAGGUUUUGCAGACGGAGAAGGUGUGAUCAUCCAAGAGAACCAGAAAAUGGCAGAGUUAUUGUUACGACAGAUCUCUUCUUCGGAUCGACAGUGAAUUACACUUGUGAUGAAGGGUACAGGAUAGUUGGAGCAUCCCAGCGGCACUGUGUGACUUCAGGCUCUGGGACACGAGUGACAUGGAGUGGGGACAUUCCCAUCUGCCAGGGUAUUGUUUGUGACCCACCGCCUGACAUCCCAAAUGCAACACACAGUGGGCACUUGAUGGAUGCCUUUCCCUAUGCAGCUGUGGUCACAUACACAUGUGAGCCUGGCCACGUGCUGGCUGGGACAGCCUCCAUCUUCUGUACCACAGAGGAUGGGGAGCACGGUGCCUGGAGUGGACCACCACCACAUUGUGGAGGGCAGCUGUGUCCUUCCCCACCUGAGAUUGACCAUGGCCAGCAUGAUGGCAAAGACGUGGAGUUCAUCCCUGGAAUGUCUGUAAAUUACAGCUGUGACCCUGGCUACUCUCUUACUGGAAAAGCAGCUCUGUACUGUACUGACAAUGGAAGCUGGAGCAGCCCUCAGCCCCGCUGUGAAGUUCUACAAUGUCCUACACCUCCAAAUAUCGAUGGAGGCAAUCACAACAGCCAGGAUGUGGAAGUUUUCCUUCCUGGGAUGGUUGUGAACUACAGCUGUGAUCCUGGCUACAGCCUGCUGGGGGAGGCAUCCAUCUACUGCACCGAGUCUGGAAACUGGAGCCUGCCCAUUCCUCAGUGUGAAGGUAGCUGUGGUGCUCCUCCAAGACUCAGCUAUGCUGAAUUGGCCAAGGAACACCAGAACGUGACAGCUUUUCCCAUUGGGAGCACGGUGCGCUACUCCUGUCGCCCAGGAUUCAUGAGACACCCCACAGUGCUGCCAGCUCUGACGUGCCUCAAAAACCACACGUGGUCUGAUGUGCGAGCGUUCUGCAAAAGGCAAGAAUGUAAUUAUCCAGAAGCACCAGAAAAUGGCAGAGUUGUUGUUCUGACAGAUCUCCUGUUCAGGUCCAUCGUGAACUACACGUGUGAAGAAGGGUAUCGGCUGGUUGGACAGCCCCUGAGGCGCUGUGAGCUUUCUGGAGCAGAUAUUGCAUGGAGUGGUGAACCUCCCACUUGUCAGAUGGUAAAGUGUCGGCCUCCUCCAAGCAUCAUCAAUGGGGAACACGGUAAUUUCUCAGAUACUUUUGGGGUAGGUGCAAUCGUGCACUACCACUGCAAACCUGGCUUCAUCCUCAUUGGCAAUGAAUCCAUCCAGUGUACAAUGCAUGGGGUCUGGAGCCAUCCUCUACCUCAGUGUGAGGCUGGCUGUGUGAGUCCAGGAAUUGGGCAUGGAAAAGCAAUUGGAAGGGAAUCUCUCUACAUGCCUGGAGACAUCAUCACCAUUGAAUGCAACACUGAUAAUAGCUCUAAAGUGCUCCACAAGUCCCAGUGCCGAUCUGAGGGCACGUGGUUUCCUCCACUCCCAGCCUGUGAUGGAGUGCUGCACUGUUCCAAGCCCCCAGAUAUCCUCCACGGGAGCCACAGUGGCCUGGGAAAAGCAGUUUUCACUCCUGGAACAUCUGUAAACUACAGUUGUGAGACUGGCUUCUCCCUCAUUGGGAUGACAUCCAUUUAUUGUACAGAGUCUGGAGCCUGGAGCCAUCCUCCUCCGGUCUGCAAAGUUGUGAAGUGCCUCCACCCUCCUGCUGUCACCAAUGGGAAGCUCCAAGGCAACACCUCAGACACUUAUUUCUAUGGAGCAUCCUUGUCCUACAGCUGUGAUUCUGGUUAUUCACUCAUUGGGGAUGCUUUCAUCACCUGCACAGCAUCAGGAACCUGGAGCCAUCCUCCUCCUCAAUGCAAAGAGAUCAGUUGCGUAUUCCCAGAAGUUCAAGGUGUGAAGAAAAGCACGCCUGGAAAAACGUACAGAUUUGGGACUAACAUCACUCUUGAAUGUGAUGAUGGGUACACGUUGGAAGGCCUCAAUCAGAUUCAGUGCCAGGAGGACUUCAGCUGGGACCCUCCCGUGCCAGCCUGCAAACUCACUUCACCCAGGUCUGGCUCAGUAGGGCUAGGAAUCGCAGCUGCAGUCGUUUUGCUUCUCCUGGGUGUGACCAUUGGCUGGAAAAUUAUCUCAAAGCAGAAGGAAGGCUACUACCGUACGUAUGAAAACUACAAUUACAAAACCUCUCUGGAUUAGAUGACAGCAUUGAAACGUUCACUUCUGGCUGAGCCCAUAACCAGCACUCGAGGCGUUCUAUGCAUGGAAGCACUGCUCACAUUACGACCGACCCAAGAAAGCACUUUUAACACAGAAUCAACACCCAUCUAAGGGUCUAACGAAGCUCAAGCUGUACAGAAGCCCAUCAGGAGCCUCCUUUCCUGCACUUCACCUGCUCCUUGCUCUGCAAAGCUAAUAGAGAACCGAAGCAUUUCUGUGUGUUUAGGCUGUGCUCAUACAAAAGCUUCAACCAAUAAAGCCCAAAGGCAGCACUGUGUUUUGUGCCUCCA